CCAACUUUCAGGAGCCAUCCUAGAAACAAGGCUCCCUGGCCUACAUUUCCCAGAAACCAAAGGGACGCCCUCGUGGUACUCUGUCUUUUCUGAUUGGCUUAUUCAAGCAACUGCGGGUUGGCGGGGAGAGAAGCCUAAAGUAAACAUGGAAGAUUCAGUCAUACCGUUUUUAGAAAAGACUCUGCAGAGAAUCCCAUCUUCAAGUCUUAAGAGUAUACUGAAUGAAUGGGGAUUCUUGUCAGCACAGCAGCUCCAAGAUCUACAUUUUCAGCAGUCCAAGCACAUCCUACACAAUAAAGUGCUCGCUUUCUGUGAGGAAAAUGGCAUGAGAAUUCGACAUGUAAUACAACUGGACAUGAUAUACAACCAUGAAUACCCUAAUAAGAGAAACUGGAGUGUUUAUCAGUUCUCCGGACAGGAAGAUGAUGCCCUUGUAUUAAACAUGACAGAAUUUAGUCAGAAGUUCAAAGUAAAUCUGAAAGACCUUUUAAGACAUGUAUCCAUUGGUAUGAAGAAAUGUGAAGAUGAUGCAGUAUGGAUCCGUGUUGCCUGGGGUGACAAUUUUACAAAGCCCAACCAAUUUAAACCCACAUAUGUAGUGUACCAGUUACAGACUCCUUAUGUGUUCAUAUCCAAUUUGAAUGUUAAACACAGACCACUGCUUUCUCAGGCACUGGUUAUUGCAACUAAACAUGAUGAGAUCAAAGAGAUUCAGCUGAGAGGACGCUGUUUGAAGUCACUGAAGGAUUUAGUGUUGCGACGAUAUAAACAGUCUUUUCAGACUCAUCAGCUAAAACCCCUACAGGAAAGAAAUUCUCCAGAAAGGGAUCAAGGUAUUGUACAUGAACAUGCAAAACGUCUGGCUGACUUGAAGGAAGUAGCCACACAAACAUUUGGAGAUGGACCUUUGCCGAAAUUAGAGACUGCGGUUUUUAAGCUUGAAACCAAGUUUAAGGAUCCAGAAAACAGAAUAUUAACAAACAGACCAGAGCCUUUUAGAUGCGCUGUCAAGUUUUCAAGCCCAAGCUUCCUGGAAUCCUUAAAAUCUUUAGUGACACUGGGUGUUGCAAGCACUCCUGUGUCCCCGCUGCUUUCAUCCAUACCACAAAAAGCAAGAAAUCAUUUUGUAAUCUCAGAGAGAGGACCUGGAGUACCCCCUACACCUGGCCCAUAACCUUUUGAAGACAAAUGCUGGACAUUUAUGAGCCUAAUUAUGGAUAAGCUGCACCACCCCCCCAAGAUGGAAUGGUUCCUUAUGGAGGAUGUAACUAAUGAAAUACAUCAAUUUAUCUUACCUGUCAAGCGCUUUCACUGCUGAUUUUCAUAUGUGAAAAGAACUGCAAAUGCAAGACUUGCAUAGCGAGUGGAUGUGCUUGACAGGUAACAUUUAAAGAAGUAUUUAAUUAGCUACAGUAUGACUACUUUAAGUGUUUAAUUGUGAUGUUUGUUUUGGGGUUUUUUUAAAAUUAUUAUUACACACAUAAUUUUAAUCACAAAAUUAAACUCCUGUAUGAAUAAUUAUUUAAAAAACCUUCCUGUUGACAUUUAUUGUUACUCAGGGAUAUGGGGUUUGUUCAAAGUAUAGGACAUUUCACUUUAUGUUAUUCACAUUGUCCAAUUCACUUCAUCACUUGCCUAAGCUGACCGCGCUGCAGGUAGUUUGAAACAUCAAUCCCAGCCCACUCACUGUGUACAGCUCAGCAAUUGCGCCCACAGGCAAGCUCCCAUACUGGAGGGUGGGGUUUGGAGCUUUUUAACAGGACCUUGAAAUCGUGUCGAAUAAACUGUUUUAUUUGCCAUAAUAUUAAACACAUUGUUUUUGUUAUAAAAAUUAAAAGAAAGAUUCUCUC